UUCGCGAGCGCCUGCGCAUUGCCCCGGAAGCAAGAUGGCGGCCCCCAGCAGUGGCUUCUGGACUGCGCUGGUCCUGGCGGCCGCGGCGCUGAAGUUGGCGGCCGCUGUGUCUGAGCCCACCACCGUGCCAUUUGACGUGAGGCCCGGAGGUGUCGUGCAUUCCUUCUCCCAGGACAUAGGACCCGGGGGCAAGUUUACAUGCACAUUCACUUACGCUUCCCAAGGAGGGACCAACGAGCAGUGGCAGAUGAGCCUGGGCACAAGUGAAGACAGUCAGCACUUUACCUGUACCGUCUGGAGGCCCCAGGGGAAAUCCUACCUCUACUUCACACAGUUCAAGGCUGAGUUGCAGGGUGCUGAGAUCGAGUACGCCAUGGCCUACUCCAAAGCUGCAUUUGAGAGAGAGAGUGAUGUCCCCUUGAAAAGCGAGGAGUUUGAAGUGACCAAGACAGCAGUGUCUCACAGGCCUGGGGCCUUCAAAGCUGAGCUCUCCAAGCUGGUGAUCGUAGCCAAGGCGGCACACUCGGAGCUGUGACCCUUACCUGUCAUGAGCCUUCACGUCCUCUUUCCUGAGGCACACUGGCCUGGACUGCUUGUCUAGGGCACUGGUUCCUAUGGGAGCUGGCAUUGCCCUGUACAGGUGACACUGUGUCACUCUUCAGAACUCUCUGAGCCCUGUCGCCCAUCUCACCAGGGAAGGUGCAGGACAUGUGCGGGUAGGAUGGAAGGACAUCCUGGCUUUCCUAAGGCAAGACGUGGUGUGGUUUCUCCUCUGAGCCCUCCCAGCACCACUUCCUAACCCCACACAGGGCACCUCCACUCAGAAGGAUGGGAAAAGAUAGAACAAAUAAAUAAGUAACACCUUAGCAGAGGCUCUCUGGGGUGAGGACUCAGGCAUGACUUCUCACCAUCUUCCACAGUAGCAUAGCAGGUGCAGGCACGUGGCCUCUCCUAAUGACUGGCACAUAGGUGCCAGCACAGUGGGUCCCAAGGCAGCCAAUGACUUUGCACCCUCAAGGAUGGGUCACUCUCCUGAGACACCAUGUUGCCUUGAAUCCACACUGUGUUCUCUAUCUAGCAGGACAAGGCCAAUGUCCCCACAGAUUCUGGCUUCAGGUGGGUUUUUAAAGUCGGAUGGGAAGCAACAUGUAUUUAGAUUUUUCUUAUGCUGUGUCUGUGAGAAGGGGAGGAGGAGUCUGAGUUAGUGAGUGCUGUGAAUUUGUGCUAUUUGUGUGCUCAUGGAAACAAGAAGAGGGCAUUGCAUCUCCUGGCCCUAGAGUUACAAGUGGUUGUGAACUGCCUGUGGGUGCUGGGAAUUGAACUUCAGUCCUCUGCAAAAGCAGCCAGUGCUUUUAACAGCUUAGCCACCUUUAUAGCCCUAUAAGAAAAAAAUAAAACAGGGGUGGGGGAUUCAGCUCAGUGGUAGAGCGCUUGCCUAGCAAACGCAAGGCCCUGGGUUCAGUCCCCAGCUCUGAAAAAAAAAUAAUAAUAAUAAUAAAAAAAUAAAGCAAAGGCCUGGAGAGAUGGCUCAGUGGUUAAGAGCACUGAUUGCUCUUGCCAAGGUCCUGAGUUCAAUUCCCUGCAACCACAUCGUGGCUCACAACCAUAUGUAAUGCCAAUGCCCUCUUCUGGUGUGUCUGAAAAUAGCAACAGUGUACUCAUAUAAAUAAAAAAAUCUUAAAAAAAAAAUCUAGCAAACCACCUGAAGCCAAGGAACCCUAAAGUUCCUAAAGUGGCCUUAAAGUGUCCAAGCCUUUCAGACGGACCUUGGGGCCCUCCAGCUACGCCUUUGGGCCUGACAUCUCACUGGACAUCCAGUGAGGCACUGAGACUACCAGACAGGUCUGUACCUUACAAGGAUCUGCAGGGGUGCUGCACCUUUUCACAUACGUUCGUGCGUGCAUGCGUGUGUGUGUGUGUGUGUGUGAUCCCACAGCAAGGGCCAAGUACCCUUUUUGUUCCCCGUUCAGCCAUUAGGUAAAGGCAAGGGCAUCGCUGUGAGUUGGAGGCUAGCCUGGACUACAUACAGAGUUCCAGGACUACAUAAUGGGGCUAUACCACAAGAAAGGGAAUCUGGCCAUUAAGACAAGAGGAUAUUUCACAUAGCUUAUACCCUUGGAAGGACAACCAUCAGUGGUGCCUUAGGGGCCUGAGGUUCCAGGGACUCUGAAACAUGAAUUUAGGCCCAAGCCCUCAAGCUCCUACGUAAGAAAGAGCACAGCACGGAUGAAGUGAGGCCAGGCCAUGUGGCUGCUCCUGUGUGCCUUUCAGAGUCUCCAGUUAUUACUCAGGAUACAGAGUAGGUAGAACUGAGUGCCAGGACAUAUUAGCCCUUUAAUGUGUUUCUGGGCGGGAAACGUUGGGAAUGAACCAAGCACUUUAAGUAUGGGAGGGCAGUGAUGCUGCAGAGCCACACCCAGAUCCUCAGAUCAUCUUACUGAAGGCCACAGCCACCGGCCUGUGAUGGAGUGGGACCUGGUGGGGGAGCCAACCCCCAUCCUGUUAUCCCUGGGCUGGGCAGAUUAAUCUUGGCUGUGGGUGCUUGAGAGCCAUGGAACAUAGGACGACGUGUGGGACUUGACUCUCCUUCCUUUCUGUGGUACCCAGGAUCAGAUAGACUUAGGUCACCAGGCUGGGAGUGGAGUACCUUGGUGGCAGAGCCUCUGUGUAGUGUUCAUGAGGCCCAAUGACACAAAGUAAUAAAGUGUGCUCCCGGUG